AUGAAGUAUAUGCUAUUGGUGAUAUUUGUGUUGGUAAUCAUCACAGGUACUUCAGCUCAAGAGCCUUGGACUAAAGAAUGUGUUGAUGGGUUCGAACUGCUUUUCUUCAAACAACGUAAACGGUUUAACGACGCAAAAUCUUCCUGUGAAAGAUUGGGAGGUUACUUGGCUAAAGUUGAUAAUGAAAACAUAACGGCAGUCAUUAAUUCAGCAUUCCCCAUAAAGUUUAAAGAAAACACCUUUUUUAUUGGUGGAAACGACAUAGCUACAGAGGGGGAUUGGAAAUGGCAGGAUGGUACUGAUGUAAUAAUGAGAGGAGAAACGGGAUAUCAAAACUGGUUUGUUUCCUAA